CACUCAGUCAGACGCUGCAGAAGCCUAAAACCCGGGUUGUGGUAAACAACAACUCAGAUUCUCAUAAUGUGCGAUGACGAUGUUUUUAGCGGCCGUCAAAUGGGAUUUUAGUAGGAAUUAAGGGCCCUGCUAUUGCUUAAAAUCGUCAGGUUCGUAAGUAAAAUGUGUUAGUUAACGUUAGAUAUUUUCAUUCACAGCUACAACGCGAGCUACAAGCCUGCCACCAGCAGAUCAUCAGCCGCUCACCAGAGCUAGCCGCAGUGUUUAGUAGGCUAGCUAGCUAACGUAACGGGGAGUCCAAGGGAACCAUGUCAACACCACUUCGUCAUCUGCCCAUGUCUGCCAUUUUCUUUCUGCUUGACUCAAAACACCAACAUCCUCCACCACCUGCCAAGUAGUGAUGGUGAGAUCCUGCAGCAAAUCUAGCUAGCUGAAGGCGUGAGAGAGUCAACGAAACCAGCAGCCUCAAGCUCAGAAUCAGAUGCUGGCAGAGCACAAGUGUUUGCGAGAUAAACAGAGGCAGUGCUGCUUACAGCAACACUGAUAAGCCAAUGCAGAAACCAUAUGCCCAUAUUUUCUACAUUUUAUUGGGCCUGGCUUGCAGCCUGACUCCAUUUUUUACUGGAUGAAAUGUGCAUAUUAUAGUGUAAGUGGUGUCAGCAAUUAAAUGCAGUGACUGGACUUUUAAACCUACACUUGUGAAUUCAGCCAGCUCAACAACAACUAAACACAAUGGCUUCCGGUGACCACAAAGAGACCGAGAAUGAACUGUCAGAACCCCUUGAAGCGGAUCAUGAGUUAUUGAGUCAGUAUGAGGAUGAGGGCCCUGCUGACAGUAACUUAAAGUCCAAAAGUUUGCCCACUCUAAAUGACUCAGGCCAGCAAAGCAAGGCCUUGUUGACCAAGUCUAUGCAGCAGCAGGCGUCAAUAACAGAGGACAAGAGUGCUGAAUUCAUCCAACUCCCACAGAGGAUCAACCUGAACCAACCUCUACCUGAAUCCCCCACCAGGACUAAUGUUAACUAUACCCCUUCCAGGUCUAGUGUGGUGGGGAUGAGUAGUUCAUUUAACACAGAGACGCAGGUCAGCAAACCCAGGCGUAAAAACCCAACGAGGCAAGGCAUCAUCGCCUCGAGGCUACCCCUGAUGCGUUUACCCACUAGGAAAUACAUGAGUGCGAUUCUCGAAGACUCUCGCUGUUUUUUAUUCUGCAUGUGCUACCUGACAUUCAUCCAGUCACUGAUGGUGUCUGGCUACCUUAGCAGUGUCAUCACCACCAUAGAGAAGAGGUACAGCCUCCGGAGCUCUGAGUCCGGUCUGCUCGUCAGCUGCUUUGACAUAGGCAGUCUGCUGGUGGUGGUUUUCAUCAGUUACUUCGGAGGCCGAGGGCAGAGGCCCAGAUGGUUAGCCGUGGGUGCGGUGUUCAUAGCUGUCGGAGCAGCCCUCUUCUCCUUGCCUCACUUCAUCUCCCCUCCGUACCAAAUCCUGGAGGUGAACUCAUCCCGGGGCAACGAGGGCCUGUGUAUGAACAACAACGGCAGUGGCAAGGACUUUCUGGAUGUGUCCUCCUGCCCCAGAGACCAGGAGGGUAAUGAACACAACCUGUAUGUGGCCCUGUUCAUCAUUGCACAGAUCCUGGUGGGCAUGGGGUCGACGCCCAUCUACACCCUGGGACCCACCUACCUGGACGACAACGUCAAGAAGGAGAAUGCCUCGCUUUAUCUUGCCGUCAUGUAUGUGAUGGGAGCCCUGGGUCCGGCUGCUGGGUAUCUGCUGGGAGGAGUUCUCAUCGGCUUCUACGUCGACCCCAAGACUGUGGUCAACAUAGAUCAGAGCGACCCUCGCUUUAUUGGCAACUGGUGGAGCGGCUUCCUGCUCUGUUCUAUCGCUAUGCUGCUGGUCAUCUUCCCCAUGUUCACCUUCCCCAAGAAGCUGCCUCCCAGAAACAAGAAGAAGAAGAAGAGGAAAAAGAUCAGCCUGGACAACGUGUCCAGUGAUGAUGAGAUCACCAAGGAGAAGACCAACAGCAAGAGCCAGACGGUUACAUCAUCCAUGGGCUUUGGGAAAGACAUCAAAGAGCUGCCUAAGGCUGCAGUGAGGAUCCUGAGUAAUGUCACCUUCCUGUUUGUGAGCCUGUCCUACACUGCAGAGAGCGCCAUUGUCACCGCCUUCAUCACCUUCAUACCCAAGUUCAUAGAGUCGCAGUUCGGCAUCCCCGCGUCCAGCGCUAGUAUCUACACAGGUGUGAUCAUCGUGCCCAGUGCUGGGGUGGGUAUAGUCCUGGGGGGCUACAUCAUUAAGAAGCUGAAGCUGGGAGCCAGAGAGUCAGCCAAGCUGGCCAUGAUCUGUAGUGGGGUGUCUCUGCUCUGCUUCUCUACUCUGUUCAUAGUGGGCUGUGAGAGCAUCAACCUGGGAGGCAUCAACAUACCAUACACCACUGGUCCUACUCUGACUAUGACGCAUCGUAACCUGACUGGAGGGUGUAAUGUGAACUGUGGCUGUAAGAUCCAUGAGUACGCUCCGGUCUGUGGCUCUGAUGGCAUCACCUACUUUAACCCCUGCCUGGCAGGCUGUAGCAGUGUGGGCAACGACAGCACAGGAAUCCGGAACUAUUCGGACUGUGCGUGUGUCCAGAGCAGACAGGUCAUCACCCCCUCCUCCAACGGCCAGGGCAACCAGCUGCAGCUUGUCAUCGUCAAGACCUACCUGAACGAGAACGGCUACGCUGUGUCGGGGAAGUGUGACCGCACCUGCAGCACACUCAUACCCUUCCUCAUCUUCCUCUUCAUCGUCACACUCAUCACAGCCUGCGCACAGCCCUCCGCCAUCAUCGUCACUCUCAGGUCAGUAGAAGAGCAGGAGAGACCCUUUGCACUUGGGAUGCAGUUUGUUCUCCUCAGGACCCUUGCCUAUAUCCCUACUCCCAUCUACUUUGGGGCAGUGAUCGACACAACCUGUAUGCUGUGGCAGCAGGACUGUGGCAUCCACGGCUCCUGCUGGGAGUAUGACGUCACUUCCUUCCGCUUCGUCUACUUCGGCCUUGCCGCCAGCCUCAAGUUCAUUGGCUUCAUCUUCAUCUUCCUCACCUGGUACUCCAUCAAGUACAAGGAAGAGCGUCUGGAGCGCUGGCUGAAACACCUCUCGCCCAUGGACACAGUCAGCGACCUCAUCUGCCACGCCGGGGGUCACAAGGGGCACGCCCGUACCCGCUCCUGUCCCGUAAAUAUACCACGCAACGAACCUCCCAUCAUCCCCAUCCUCAACAGGGGCCUCAGCAGCCAGAGCUGCCCGGGGAACAGCCUGAAGAGCCUGAAAGCAAUAACCCCGCCGGCCCCUCGCCCUCCCACUCGCUCUCUGGAACAGGUGUCUGCCCGCAUCUGAGGGCUGGGUGAUGUUUCCAACCAACUCCAGCCCUCCCUGCUAGCCUCAGUCUGCAAUGUGUACCUUUCUCCCUCUGGUUCUCACUUGUAUAGUAUCCACUCACUCACUCACUCACACACACACACACACACACACACACUCACACACACACUCACACACACACACACAGGCACUGCAUGUCACUCAGACAGGCAGCGGUUGGUCAACAUGUAUACAGGAAGACACUGGGAUGGAUACCUCGGUUUAGCUAAUCUCCUCUUCCCUCUACCUAGUGUGCUUGUGUGCUUUUUUUGUUUAUUUUCAUCAUGGAAGUGAAUGUGUAUUAUUAUCCCUGCAUAUCAUCUCUUUAGAAAAUUGCAAGUAUGAUCGUAAUGAUGGUAUUGUGGCAUGGUGCUAUAUGAAAAUGACAUGAAUAAUAGCCUUCAUUGCUCAGUUGUAUUGUUAAUUCUAAGACCUCAGCAGGAUAAGGUGAUUGAGCUAAGAAGCUUGGCCGGCGAGCACAAACUAAAUCCUGUACUAUGCAAGGUCUUUCUUUUUGCCCUAUUAUACAAUGGCAAGCAGUAUUAAAGGCACACAGUGAGUGUUGCCUUCCCUUCCCAUACAAUGUACAAACGUCGUUCAGCAUUGCCCCAGACCUGCGUGUAAUGAUGAGUGGUUGACUUGGAAAGGAUAUGUUUGAAACAUUUGGAAUUGGAACCUCUUCUCCUGUAUUCUGUGGCAACCUCAUAGACCAGCCCACAAAUACAUCCCUUGCCGUAGUUCUAGUUCAGACACACUUGGGGCUGCAUCCCAAAUGGUACCCAAAUACCUAUAUAGUGUAAUACCUUUGACAAGGGCUCAUAGGUCUCUGGUCAAAAGUGGUGCACUACAUGGGGGAAUAGGGUGCCAUUUGGGACACCAACUUAUAACACUCAUGAUGACCCCCCCUCUGUGUUGCUUCAUGUGCUAUGGGCUUUACAGAACAAAGGCGUAUUUUGCUUACCGGUCUCUAAGAAAACUUGUUUCACACAAAGCUCCUACUUUAAUGCUGCAAUAUGUAACUUUUUCGGCGACUUGACAAAAUUCAUAUUGAAAUGCCAGUUAUAGAUCUGUCAUUCUCAUUGAAAGCAAGUCUAAGAAGCAGUAGAUCUGUUCUAUGUGUGCUAUUUCUAUGUUUCCCGUUUUUAAGUUUCAAUUUUGCGUCAUUUACUUUCGGUUUUGUACACCAGCUGAAAAUACAAUAUUUUUGGUUAUGGAAAAUAUAUUUCACAGCGGUU